AUAGUCUCCUAGAAGGUUCAGGAGUCCGCUGAGGCGUCCCUAGCCUUCUAGAGCUGCUUGGCUCAGGCUGUCUACUCUGGUAAGGCAAACCUGCUCCCCAGCCCUUCCCCACACCUUACUUUCAUCCAUUUCUGAAGUUCACAAGCUUCUUCUGUUGCCCCUUCCCUUUCUUUACCCUCCCCCUUUUCCAUUCCUUUUCUUUUCCCUUCUCCUUUUUUCUCCUCCCCUUUUCCCUUUCUCCCUCUCCUACUGUUCCUUGCCAGAUGCCUUAUCUGAUUCCCAUUCACCCCUGUCUCUGCUUACUCCAUUGUCUUCUCAUCUCAUCCCACCCUUAACUGAUGUCCCAAAUUGCCUGACUGCCCCUAGUUCUGUCUCUUUUCUCUGUCUGGGUAUGUGGGGUUCCAUUUCCGCUUUUAGGAAAGAAGCUCCCUGAGGUCAGCUCCCAUGUCUCCUCUUUCCUCUGGAAGAUAGGGUUCUGCUCAUGACUGGGGAAUGAUUGACUCUGGGUGUGUUUUAGGACAGGUCAGUGUGAGGUGGUGGUGACGGGGAAGGGAGUGACAGACACAGUCAGGCCAAGAGCAUCCUAGUUCAUCCUGCUCUCCCAGGCCCAGCCCGGUUGGUGGGGAUAAAAGUCUCGUGCUGGAGCCCCAGGGCAGGAACUCACUCACCUCAUCUGACUGUCCAUCUGUCUGAAGCUACUGAGACCAUCUGUCCUGACCAUGUCCAGGGUGCCAUUUGGUGCUCGUGGGGGCUUCAGUGCCCGGUCUGCUUGCUCUGCCAGGAUGGGGAACUGGGGUAGAGGUGGCAUCUGGGGAGCAAAGACAGCUGGUGGCUUCAGCAGCAAAAGCCUUUGUUCCACGAGAGAGGCCAGAAGCAUCUCUGGCUGGGGAAGGAAAAACUGGGGGUCAGGGGGCAGAUUAGGGGGGAAGUUUGGGCAGGGUGGGGUAGGGGCUGGUCUUUGUCCCCCAGGAGGCAUCCAAGAGGUCACCAUCAAUCAGAAUCUCCUGAGUCCUCUCAAGAUUGAGAUUGACCCCCAGUUCCAAACCGUGCGGACUCAGGAAAUCCAGCAGAUCAGAGCCCUCAACAACCAGUUUGCCUCCUUCAUUGACAAGGUUCAGUUUCUGGAACAGCAGAACAAAGUGCUGGAAACCAAGUGGCAGCUUUUGCAGGACCAGAAGGAGGGGAUGGGAGGCCAUCUCCAAACCAUGGACCCCAUCUUUGAGGCCUAUAUAGCCAGGCUGAGGAGGCGACUAGAGCAACUCCAGGGGGAACAUGGGGCACUGGCCUUGGAACUGAAGACUUGUCAGGAGCAGGAGGAGGAUUAUAAAACCAAGUAUGAACAGGAGGCCCACAAACGUGCCACAGCUGAGAAUGACCUUAUGGUCUUCAAGAAGGACGUAGAUAACAUCUACAUGAGCAAGAUGGAACUACAAGGCCGGGUGGAUACUCUUCAAGAAAGGAUCAACUUUUUGAAAAGUGUGUUCGAGGAAGAGAUCGAUUACUUCCAGACUCAUGUCAACGACACCUCAGUGGUUGUUUCCAUGGACAAUAACCGAUAUCUGGACCUGGGCAGUAUCAUUUCAGAUGUCCGAGCCCAGUAUGAGAUUAUUAUGCAGAAGAGCAAAGCAGAGGCUGAAGCCAUGUACCACACUAAGUAUCAGGAACUUCGAAUUUCUGCCGAGAAACAUGGAGACAGCAUGAGAGACACUAAGAUCCAAAUUACUGAACUGACCCAAGCAAUUCAGAAACUUCAAAAUCAAAUUGAGAAUGUCAAGAAGCAGAAUGCCACAAUCCAGUCGGCCAUCACUGAUGCUGAACAACGUGGAGAACAGGCCGUCAAGGAUGCCCAGGUCAAGGUGGUGGACUUAGAGGGUGCACUUAAGAAAGCUAAGCAAGAUAUGGCAAGCCUGCUCCGAGACUACCAGGAGCUGAUAAGCACCAAGCUGGCCCUGGACGUGGAAAUAGCCACCUACAGGAGACUACUGGAGGGCGAGGAGUGCAGGAUGUCUGGGGAAUAUAUCAACAAUGUCAGCAUUUCAAUGUUUGGUGGAGGUACCACUGGCUCUGGAGGAUGUGGGAACUCAGAAUUCGGCUGCUCCAGUGUCGUGGUUGGAGGCUCCCGCUUUGUCAAAGGCCCUGGUUCUGGCUUCAUCUCUGCCUCUGGUUCUGGCUUUUCCAAAUCCAGUUCAGGUUCUGUCACUGGCACCAUCUUGAAGAAGACAACCAUGUCAACUUUGAAGACUAUCACAUACUGAAUCACAUACUGGGGUGGAUCCCCAAAGGCAAACCCUUUAAUGGCCCAGACAGGGUUCCACAAUCCAGAGCUUUCCCUCCUCAAUCAACUUGGUCCCUUUCGUGUUCCCUCCAAUACACAUAGACCCAGACAUUGAUUAAUGCUUUUUCUUUCUCGCAAACAAUAGAAGCUCACAUUUUUAUAGUUUCACUUUCCUCACAAUGUUUCCAUGAGUCUUGUAGUGCAAAUAUUGUUAAACCUACUUUAAUGAUGAGGAAAAGGAUGAUUAGAGAUUUUACUGAUUUAUGUACAGUCACAUGACUACUAAAAGCCAGAACUAGGACUGGAGCUGUGCUCUUCUGAGUGACUGCCUAACAGAGUGGAGAGAACACUGGAUUUGGAGGAUUUGAGUUCAAAUCUUGGCUCUGUCACUUACUAGAUGUGUGACC